CGUGUGGUUGAGGGCGGAGGCGGGGCUAGUGGGUGAACGGUCAGUCCGCCCGCGAGCCGCCAUGUUUAGGAUGGAGGCGCUCGGCCCGAAGAUGGACCCGGAGGAACUGCGCAAGAAGAUGAGGGCGGACGUACUCCGCUCGGUCCGCAACUUCCUCAUCUACGUGGCCAUCCUGCGGGCGACUCCAUUUAUCCUAAGUAAACUGGAUAGUAUAUGAAAUUCGCUGCUGGCAUCAAAGACGUGCUAUCUGCAAGAUGGUUGUCAAGUGAAACCUGAUGCUCAUUGGUACAAAAUGAUAAAUUGAAUGGACAAUUGUGAAUCUCACUAAGAAGUGGAUCUUUUAAACUUCAGGGCAAGCUGUCAACCCUCUACAUAUCGAAAACCUCUGUGCUACUGGAUUAAUUGUUGGUUAUGCUUCUCUUACAUUGAACAAUUUGCCAUUUAAUUUUGCACAAAGCCUUUUGUAAUUGUUUUAUAUAACAGAUGCCCUCCUAUAUCAGUGUGCACAAAAAACUGUUUGUAAUACAUGGUGUCUGACUAGAGUAUGAAUCUGAUCCAAAGUCAGCUAGAUAAGUCACCUCAGUUUCCCCAACAUUGGAGAAAAAUUUAGUGUUUGCUUAGUGAUUCUGAGACUUGACCAACUUUAUGAACCUGUAAGGAGUAUGGAAUUGCAAAAAAUCUUGGAAAUAUUUGAUGAAAUUUGCCAGGCAUGGCAGCAGGUUUGGAGAAAGUUGACAUUUGAGUCUGUCAUGACUGUUCUCCUGAUCGGAGUUCUGAGCUUUUUCUGUUUUUUUUCUCUUCCCCCAGCAUUUUGUUUCAGAUUUCCAGCAUCUGCAGAGUUUCAAUCAUUGGUAAUACUUGUCAUUCCUCUUGAAGGGUGCACUGUAAGAAACAACAUGGAGCAUUGAUACUUCCCCAGCUAUAAGUUGAGUUGUUUUCUGCUGGAUUUACUUUAAAUGGUUUUGUAUGAAAAUUGAUGCAUUUUAUUAUCAAUUAAACAAUUGGUAAUUA